AGAAAUGUGGGGGGUUGGGGAGGUUUGAAUUGUGAGGUUGAAGCAAAAGCCCCCGAGAGAAGGAGGAAAAAAAAUCGCGUUUUAUUUUUGGUUGUUUUUCUGUUUGGGUUUUGAUUUGUUUCGGUUUGGCUGUUCUUGCCGUUGGGUUGGGGGGGAAAAUAAAUCCCGUUUUAUUUCUAGUUCUUUUGAUGAUUUCUGCGCAUCUUCUUCUUGCUGCUCCUGCUGCUGCUGCUUAGUGUUGCGACCCUUUGAUUCGGGAGGCUUUGCUUUUUUUGUUUCGGGUUUCUUUUGCCCCUUUUCUUUCGCCAGCUUUUGCAGUCGCCCCUUGCCGAUUCCAAGCUUGGCCCCCGGUUCUUUUCCCCCCUUCAAAAAUCGCGCGGAGUUUGGGUUUUUACCCCCCCGUCCCUUGGAUUCGUGCACCGCCGAAAUCUGUUCUUGGUGCGUGCAAUUGAGUGCUAAUUCGGUGCUGGGGGAGUGGGAAUUUGAGAGAUUGUUGAGGGGAUUUUGAGCCCUUGGCGGCAGAAUUUGGGGGUUUGGGAGGGCUGUCACUUUCGAGCCCUUUGCUUUUGAGUUAGGGGCGUGUGCACCUAAAUUUGGAGAUAAUAUUGGUGCGAGAUGGAGAAGGUUUUGGUUGCCAUGGUGCCCCGCGGCAGGAUUUGGCGGAUUGGUGUGUGAGCCUGCGUGUAGGUCACUGGUCUGAUCUGGUGGCUUUUGUGUGAUUUCCCACGGCGGUGAUGCUCUCUGCAGCCGCCGUGAUGGCGCCAGCCCCGGCCGCGGCGAAGAGCUCCCUGGAGGUCUUGCUGGAGACGAUAAAGAAGCGCGAUGAGCAGCCCAAGGAUGCGCCUCCGGCAUUGCCAGCGCGGCCGACGUGCCGCGGCCGCUUGCCCAGUGCAAGACGGCCAUCACUGCCUUCUGGGGUUAAGCUUGAGAAUGGCGCGGCAAAAGGCGCUGUGGCGGAUACGGUGAUGGCUGGGGUUAAUCUUGAGAAUGGCGCGGCAGAAGGCGCUGUGGCGGAUAUGGUGAUGGCUGACAAGAAGCCAGGGGUUGAGAUGAAGAUUUGUGUUCAGGAGGCCAAGGAGGAGAAUGUGGUAAAAACUCGCAUAUUUGGGGCCAAGAGGAAGUUCUCUAAUGGGGAGGUUCUUGAGGAGUCGCCGUAUGCUGAUAACAUUCACAAGGAAAGGAAGGAGAUGAUGGUCUCUAAGGAGCUCCCUUCUGUUUCUCCAAGGACAAAGACAAAUGGGAAGCCGGUGUUCACUGAUACCAUGGAUUAUGUCCUCCAGAAGAAGCUCCGAGUUUGGUGUUCUUCACCAGAUGCAACAUGGAAACUUGGACAGAUUCAAUCAGUUUCUGGAGAUGAUGUUGAAAUACUCCUGGUUAAUGGAGAGGUUUUGACACUGUCACCAGACAGACUCUUGCCGGCGAACCCUGAUAUUCUUGAUGGAGUGGAUAAUUUAAUCCAUCUCAGCUAUUUAAAUGAACCCUCAGUUCUUUACGAUCUGCAGUCCAGAUAUUCUCGUGAUCUUAUUUAUACAAAAGCAGGGCCUGUUCUGGUUGCUGUUAAUCCAUUAAAAGAAGUUGCUCUCUAUGGGAAAGAUUUCAUCUCGCAAUACAGGAAAAAGCUCAAUGAUGAUCCACAUGUGUAUGCAAUAGCUGACUUGGCUUUUAAUGAAAUGCGAAGAGAUGGCGUAAACCAAUCUAUAAUAAUAAGUGGCGAAAGUGGAGCAGGAAAGACUGAGACAGCUAAAAUUGCAAUGCAAUAUUUGGCCACUCUAGGGGAUGCCAGAGGAAUGGAGUCUGAGGUUCUUCAGACAAAUGCUAUUCUGGAAGCAUUAGGGAAUGCAAAAACAUCAAGAAAUGAUAACUCUAGUCGAUUUGGUAAACUUACUGAAAUACACUUCUCUGAAACUGGAAAGCUGUCUGGUGCUAAAAUUCAAACAUUCCUGUUAGAGAAGUCGAGGGUGGUUCGAAGAGCAACAGGGGAGAGGUCAUUCCAUAUUUUCUAUCAACUGUGCUCUGGAGCUAAUCCCCUUUUAAAGAAAAAACUGUUUUUGAAAGAAGCCGAUUACUACAAUUACUUAAAGCAGAGUGCUUGCUUGAGAAUUGAUGGUGUUGAUGAUGCUAAAAGAUUUUCAAUGCUAGUGGAUGCACUCGAUAUUAUUCAAAUAUCUAAAGAAGACCAAAUGAAAUUGUUUUCCAUGCUCGCAGCUGUCUUGUGGCUUGGAAACAUUUCAUUCUCUGUGAUAGACAAUGAAAAUCAUGUGGAGAUUGUUUCAAAUGAAGGGUUGGCUACUGCAGCCAAGCUGUUAGGUUGCAGCGCUCCUCAAUUGAUGAAUGCCCUCACUACACGUAAAAUCCAAGCUGGAAAGGACAAUAUUAUUCAAAAGCUGACAUUAACUCAGGCUAUUGAUGCAAGGGAUGCUCUAGCAAAGUCCAUUUACGCCCAUUUGUUUGACUGGGUUGUUGAGCAAAUUAACCACUCACUUGGAACUGGAAGAGAACACACAUGGAGAUCCAUAAGUAUUUUAGAUAUUUAUGGGUUCGAGUCUUUCAUUAAGAAUGGUUUUGAGCAAUUUUGUAUAAACUAUGCCAACGAAAGGCUACAACAGCACUUCAAUCGACAUCUUUUCAAGCUAGAACAGGAGGAAUACUUAGAGGAUGGAAUUGACUGGGCAAAUGUGGAAUUUGUGGAUAAUGCUGACUGCUUAACUCUCUUUGAGAAGAAACCUCUAGGGCUAUUAUCAUUACUGGAUGAAGAGUCUACAUUCCCAAAGGCAACAGACUUUUCUUUUGCUAACAAGCUUAAGCAGCACUUGAGGGGAAACUCUGCCUUCAGGGGUGAACAAGAAGGUGCUUUUAAGAUUUGCCAUUAUGCUGGAGAGGUGACGUAUGAUACAACUGGUUUCUUGGAGAAGAACAGAGAUCCGUUGAACUCUGAGUUAAUUCAACUACUCUCAUCAUGUAAAUCUGAACUCCCAAAAUACUUUGCCUCUGUCAUGGUUGCUGAUUCUCAGAAUAAAUCAACCUUGUCAUGGCACUCAGCUGUUGAUUCACAAAAGCAAAGUGUCGUGACCAAAUUUAAGGCUCAACUGUUCAAGCUGAUGCAGCAAUUGGAGAACACAACUCCUCAUUUCAUUCGAUGCAUCCAGCCAAAUAGCAAACAACGUCCCAUGCUAUUUGAGCAUGAUCUUGUUUCACACCAGCUUAAGUGUUGUGGGGUGCUCGAAGUUGUGCGGAUAUCAAGAGCAGGCUAUCCAACUAGGAUGACUCACCAACAGUUUGCUGAAAGAUAUGGGUGUCUUCUCCUGCGUUCCAUUGCAUCGCAGGAUCCUCUUAGUAUUUCGGUUGCUGUAUUACAACAGUUCAAUAUUCCACCAGAAAUGUAUCAAGUUGGCUAUACAAAAUUGUUUCUUCGUACAGGACAGGUUGCUGCACUGGAAAAUGCUAAGAAUCGGAUGCUCCAUGGAGCCCUUCGGAUUCAGAAGAACUUCCGUGGGUUGUGUACUAGACAAGAAUACCAGGGACUGAAGAAAGGAGCAAUGACUUUGCAAUCAUUUAUAAGAGGUGAAAAGGCAAGAGUUCACUUUGAUCAUCUUGUAAAGAGAUGGAAGGCAUCUGUUCUCAUACAGAAGUAUGCUAGGCGUCGAAUUGCAGCUACCAUGUUUAUUGAUCAGCUCAAAUAUGUUGUUCUUCUACAAUCAGUGAUGCGUGGGUGCUUGGCCAGGAAGAAAUAUAAGUGCCUGAAGGAAGAGAAGGACUCAAAGGCUAGUCACAGAAAAGUUAUACAUGUAAGGAAUAAUGUUUCACAAGCGCGGAUGUAUCAUGAAACGAAUGGAGAUUAUCCUCGGCAACCAGUUAUCACGGAACUCCAGGGACGUGUUUCAAAAGCUGAGGCUGCAUUGCGAGAUAAGGAGGAAGAAAACGAAAUGCUAAAGCAACAAUUGGAUCAAUAUGAGAAGAAAUGGUCAGAAUAUGAGGCCAAAAUGAAAUCUAUGGAAGAGGCAUGGAAGAAGCAGCUCUCCUCUCUGCAGUUGAGCCUUGUGGCUGCCAAGAAGAGCCUAACUGCAGAAGAUGUGGCCAGCCGAGCAGCUCGAACCGACGCUGCUCCAAUGCAUGCUCAUUAUGAUUCUGAAGAUACGUCGACCGGGACCCAUACCCCUGAAGGGACAGAGUUCAAAUAUCAAAACCACAACUCUGAGGCUAGAGUGGCAGCACCGAAUUCAGAUAGGCGGAUAAACGCGGUGAACCACCUAGCCAAGGAGUUUGAGGACAGGCGGCAGGUGUUUGAAGACGAUGCUGGCUUCCUUGUUGCCGUGAAGUCCGGACAAGUUGGUUCAAACAUGAACCCAGACGAUGAACUCCGAAAGCUCAAGGACCGAUUCGCGACAUGGAAGAAAGACUACAAGUCUCGGUUGAAGGAGACCAAGGUAAAUCUUCAGAAGGUUGGUGAGGAGAAAUCCCGGAAAAGAUGGUGGGGGAAGAAGAGCUCAAAGUGAAUGCAUUCAAUCUGAAUCCAAGUGCAUUUCCCUACAUUCCCUGCUACUGCAUCCAAGAAGAGACAAUGGAAGAGACUGGGAGGUGAAAAACAAGGCUUCGAGGUUCUCUCCUCUUCAUCGCAAGCCUGACGAGAUGAUGGUGAUGUUGUUGAUGACGAUGAUGAGCUCCAUCAUCAAUGGCGGUGGUGCUGGCACUCGAUCGUCCGGUGUCCAGCUUAUCAGAGAAAAGAUUUAUAUAGGUGAAAGCAAGAAGUCUGUACAUGUAUAUUAGUUCUUUGUUGUCAGUGUAUGUAUGCCAUCUUGUAUGUAGAGAGAUGAACCUGAGAUAUGGAAGGGUAAUUAAAUACAGAUUAUCCGCCAUGAGCGAAUAGAGAUAAUGCAACACCAGCUCUGUAAUAUGUGUACAGCAAGGAAAUCAUCGAAUUUGCAAGGCG